AUGGCCGAUUCCACUGUAGCCCGUCCUCCUCCCAGCGCCAUUUCCCGGCCGCUCAGCGAGUCUCUUCUCAAUGAGAAGUGGGAUCGCUGCCUCUCCAACCUCCUUGUCAAGUCCUCCCUCGGUCUCGGUUUCGGUGUCGUCUUCUCCGUCCUUCUGUUCAAGCGAAGAGCAUGGCCCGCAUUCGUUGGUGUCGGCUUCGGUGCUGGCCGUGCCUAUGAGGAGUGCAACUUCAGCCUGAAACAGGCUGCGCGGGAACUCAAGAAGCAGUCCGCAUAA